CCGGACUCCAUUUCCCAGCGAGCCCCGCGGGCUGCGACCUGCGAGCGACCCGGACUCGGGGCUGGCGGAAGCGGAGCCGGGUCCGGGAGGGAGCGGCCGGCCGGCGCGGGACAGAUUUUGUAGCCAUGGCGGAGCCGGCAGGAAUGAAGCCAAAGCGCAUCCUGGUAACCGGUGGCACCGGACUGGUGGGGAGAGCUAUUGAGAAGGUGGUCGCUGAUGGAGAGGGCAGGCCAGAUGAGGAAUGGAUCUUUGUGUGCUCCAAGGAUGCUGACUUAACGAAUGCUGCUGAGACCAGAGCCCUGUAUGAGAAACACAGACCCACCCACGUGAUCCACUUGGCAGCCUUGGUGGGAGGCCUCUUCAAAAACAUCAAAUACAACCUGGAUUUCUGGCGGAGAAACGUGCACAUCAACGACAACGUCCUUCACUCAGCGUACGAAUUCGGGGUGCAGAAAGUCGUCUCCUGCCUUUCCACCUGCAUCUUCCCGGACAAGACCACCUAUCCUAUCGAUGAGACCAUGAUUCACAAUGGGCCCCCGCACAGCUCCAACUUCGGGUACUCGUAUGCCAAGAGAAUGAUUGACGUUCAGAACAGGGGGUAUUUCGAACAGCACGGCUGCCGAUUCACCGCCGUGAUCCCCACCAAUGUCUUUGGACCUCACGAUAACUACAACAUUGAGGACGGGCAUGUCCUUCCGGGACUGAUCCAUAAGGUGUACCUGGCAAAGAAAAAUGGCACGGCUCUCACUGUCUGGGGGACAGGGAAGCCCAGGAGACAAUUCAUCUACUCUCUGGACCUGGCACGGCUCUUCCUCUGGGUCCUACGGGAGUACGAUGAGGUGGAGCCCAUCAUCCUGUCAGUUGGAGAAGAGGACGAGGUGUCUAUCAGGGAAGCCGCGGAGAGCGUCGUGGAAGCCAUGGACUUCAAGGGAGAACUCAUUUUUGACACGACGAAAUCCGAUGGCCAGUUCAAGAAAACAGCCAGCAACGGCAAGCUGAGGCGGUGCCUGCCCGACUUCCAGUUCACGCCGUUCAAACAAGCUGUGAAGGAAACUUGCGACUGGUUCAAGGUGCACUAUGACAUCGCCCGGAAGUGACCAGCGCCCCAAAGCCAUUGUGAUGAUUGGCCAGCACUGCCCUGGAGGUUCCUCUGAGACUCAGGGUUUUCCUUUGCUGGAGCAGAGGAGGGGACGCGUGAGGGCAUUCGGGGCUGUGAAAUGAUGGUGGAGAUAGAUACAGCUUUUCCAAAGUAGAAUUUGAGAGUGGGGUGGGGAGAUAAGCUCAGCAAACGUGAGUGAGAAAUACCCUGUCUUUCUCUGUGACACAGGACUCACUACUAGUCAUCUCAGCCAGCCAGGGGCGUAGAACUUCAUGGGGUGGAAUGGGGAGAAACUCUCUGUUCAGGGAUCAAAGUGAAUCUUGGUUAAAAGGUUCCAAAAAUGCAAAGAAUGAGGCUCCUCCCCACCCCCCCGCUUCCAACAUUCCUCUCUGUGGUUAUAAAUAUCCCAGGAACUGCAGAUCAAGCUUAGGUCAAAAGGAGUUUAGUAAGGGAAGUCUUGCCUAGUCCGAACCCCCUGGGCCUUCCCCCAAAGGCGGUGCCCUGGGAGAGGCUGGAGGGUUGGACCUUCCUGUUGAGGUACCUGGAAGUUUACAUGCUGCCUCUGCAUCAUUGACUGAAUAUUUUUUAAAAUAGACAGAGCCCCCUCUCCGUCAAACCUCAUCACUGUUCUCGCUGGAUCCCUUUCCCUUGCCUGUGCUGAUGCCACCUCCUGUUACGCUGUAAUUGGUCAGGCUGCCAAUCAAGUGUAAAGCCGUCUGUAGUUAGGUUCAGAAUAAAUCAGAGCUGACUUUC